UCGCCGGCCUCCGGGGACGCGGCCGCCGCGGGCCUUCAGGGCUGGGCCGCCGGCCGUACUCAGGCCUCGGGGCCCCUUCUCACCGCCCGGGCGAAGACUCAGCCCUGCGCCUCCACGGCCUGGCCUCCCCCGCUGCGCCUGUCCUCCCACCCUGCUCAUCCCACAGCCAUCUCCACCCUCCCUCGUCCACGCUGUGCAUCACUGACUGUGCAUUGGUCUCCACCACGCCUGCCAUCUGCAGACCGCCUCCCUCCGCCUUUCUGCUACGAUGAUGCUUCGGAAGUGCAAAUAAAAGAGAUUGAAGAAGUGUUGUCUCAAGAGGGUUUGUCUGAAAUAGCUCUGGGCAGCCCCAGGGAGCAGAUUGAGUACUUACUGGUAGAAAGAAGCACAUUCUCGAGAAAACUGGAAACUGGGGGCCCCAAGCCAGAGUCCCAAAGACAUAUGGCCAGUCACCUACAGGAAAGACUUGCCCAGGAGACAUUUGAACAAAUCUACCAGCCUCUGCAAAGAAAACAUGAGAAAUAUCAGGAACCUGUGCAGCAAUCUGAAAAAAUUUUGAGUGAGUCCCAUAGUGAAGACCUGGAAAAAGCUAAAAUUUCACAAAACUGCCUGGAGAGGAAUGCAAAACAAGUAGCAGAGAGGUUAGGGAUGGCCCAGGAAGAGAUCCGAAGGCUCACUGAUGAACUAAAAAGGAAGGAGAAAGAACAGAGUAAAUUAGAUUCUGCACUUGAGAAGGCUCAGCUAGAAAAAGAAUUGAAAGAAAAUUUGACGAAGCUGCAAGAAAAUGAUUCAGUUGACCUACAGAAAGCAAAGGAACAUAAUCAGAGACUAGAUGAGGAAAUUCUGGCUUUAAGAAAUCGGGUUCGAUCACUUGACUCAGAAAAGAAAGUGCUUGGAGAAGUGGUUGAAAAACUUAAAGGAGAGAUUCAUGAAUCUCAAAAGAAUAAGCAACUUGGAAACCACUCCCCUGGGAAAACUGUGGACCCCAAACAGAGAGAACAGCCUCCAUCAUCUGAAGAAAAAUUGAAAUACCAGCAGCAAGAGGAUGUACAAAAGCUUCGCCAGAAUUUGCACCGGCUCCAGGUUUUGUGCUGCUCAGCCGAAAAAGAGCUCCAAUAUGAGCGAGGAAAGAACUUGGACUUGAAGCAGCACAAUAGCUUACUUCAAGAAGAAAACAUUAAGAUCAAAGUUGAACUAAAGCAGGCCCAGCAGAAGUUCUUAGAUAGCACAAAGAUGUGCUCUUCACUCACAGCAGAAUGGAAGCACUGUCAGCAGAAAAUCCGGGAACUGGAGCUAGAGGUACAGGCUCAGAGCAUUAAAUCACAGAACAACCUGCAGGAAAAGCUGGAUCAGGAGAAAUCAAAAGUUGCUGAUGCAGAAGCGAAGAUUUUGGAUCUACAGCAGAAAUUAGAACAAGCUCACAAAGUCUGUCUCUCAGACACAUGUGCUUUGGGGAAGAAGCAACUCGAGGAAAGAAUAAAAGAAGCCCUGGAAAAUGAAGCUAAAACAAAGCAACAAUAUCAGGAAGAGCAACAAAACAGGAAACUCCUAGAUCAGAAUGUAAAUGAGCUACAAAAGCAAGUGAGCAUCUUACAAGAUAAAGGGAAUCAACUGGAAAUAACCACUUCUCAGCAACAAUCCAGAAUUCAGGAACAGGAGGCCCAACUUAAACAACUAGAAGAUGAAAAAAGAAAAUCAGACGAGCAUCUUAAGAGCAACCAAGAAUUGUCAGAAAAGCUUUCUGGGUUGCAGCAAGAGAAGGAAGUGCUACGUGAAAAAUAUGGGCAACUUUUGAGGCAGUUUGAUGUCCAUGUGAGGAACUAUAAUGAGAAACAUCAGCACCACAAAGCCAAACUUCGCAGAGUUAAGGACCGUUUAGUUCACGAAGUAGAACUACGAGAUAAGAAAAUUGAAAAACUGGAACAUGAAAUCAGAAUUCUGCAUCAAGAAAAGGAAACGGAUAAGGCAUUCCGGGACCAGGUCAUUGCUCAAAAUGAUAUACUGCUCCUAGAGAAAAGGAAACUUCUGGAACAAUUCCUAGACCAAGAACAAUUAACCCACAGCAACAAAUGCGUAAUAUCUUCAGUUGAGAACAGAGUCUUUCUUCUGGAUCAAGAAAAUAAGCAAUUGCGGGAAAUCAGCCUCCGGCUUACACAGCACGUUGGCUUCUUAAAGCGAAUCAUAAAGAGCAUGCAGAUUUAUGAAGAAAAGGAGACAAUUAAUGACGUCCCUGAACUUGAAGUAUGGAGUAAAAUCUUGCCGUUAUCAAGCUCCAGUUUUUCAGGAAGAGGUUUGGUACAGUCAGUCAGAAACCUUCAAGAGCUUGAGGAACGUAAGUCAGAAGAAGCAAUCGCAAACCUGAAGUCCCCCAAGUCUCUUUAGGGUUCACAGAAUUCUGAACCUGGAUACAUAAAAGUGACUAUUCUGAAAGAGACACAGUGCAUCCAAGAACAAGACCAAAAGUCAGAACCAUAAAAUCACUGGUGGCUAAAACUAGACUGAUCGAAGCUGCUAACUUAAAGCUUGGGUGUGAGGGUGGAACAUGACAUGGAGAAGAAUUACCACAGAUCCCCACUGGACAUCAACUGACAGUCUUUGAAAUUGCUGAUAAAUUCAUUAAACCAGUUAUAAAAAUA